AUGAAUUGGCCGUUGUCAAACGCGACUCUCGGCUCCGCGAUGAGGGUUUUCUUCGAGUCAGUGGCGGGCAAAAUCGCAAUUGCCAUCAUCAUUUUGGUCAUAUGCCAGAGAAUGAUAUGCAGACCAAAGAAACACAACUUGUUUCCAGUCUAUGCGACCAUUGAGAUUGCCGUGGCAAGCUACAUUCUGCGCGGAGAUGGCUUGGGUCGCCGAAUUUUCUCGUCUGUCAGACGGUACGGAGGCUCUCUAUUCGGCAUCACGUCCACCCAUCAAAUCCUCGUCAAUCUUCCCGGGCUGGAUCGUUUCAUGUCGCAGUCAUUCCACACCCUGACGGUCGUGCCCGUCCAGUACACCCUCCUCGCGCGAGUCUUUGGGGCCGUCGACUCACCAGACCUCGAGGUGAAGCUCGAAAAGUCCUUCAAGGAUCUUCUCGCACCUGUCGAGCGGCUGUUCCUCAAUGACGCCGCCGUCACCGCUGCGGUAGAAAAGGCCCGAGUAGAGGAGCGAGCAGCUUCGUUUGUGACCUUUUCCACUGAUCCCGCACACAUGAAGCGGUGGGAACGCGCCGCCGACAUUCGAGUGAUUGCGCCCGGCCCCGGGAAGCGAGCCGUGGUCGAAGCGAACCUCCAGAGCUUGGCCCGCGAUUUCGGCGCCUGCAUGGCAAUCCCUCUCCUCUACGGCGAGGACUUCCUCAACCGGUAUCAACAGCUGCUUGAAGACUUUUGGCUGUUUGACAAUGGCUUCUUCCCGCUGUUGAUGAUAGGGGUUCCUCCCUGGGCUCCAUUUAAGGCGAUCAAGCAGGGGCGGGCGGCCCAAGCCCGAAUUCUGCGCGAAAUAGAGGCCUUGUACCGGCGAAUCGACCAGUAUCAGCGAGGAGAGGACGUCGACUUUGGUGCCGACAUGUCCGACGUCAGCAGCGCCGCAUUGGGCCGAAAUAGGGUAUAUGCGAGAGACGGUUGGUCAUUUGCAGAACGCGCCUGGGGAGACUUUGGCAUGUUAUGGGGGCAGAAUGCAAAUACGCACCCUUUGCUAUUUUGGCUGCUCAUCUACGUUUAUUCGACGCCGGGCCUCUUGGGUCGAAUCCGAGCCGAGCUGGCGCCCCAUGUCUGCUUGUCCCGGGCAAACUCCCCCGAAAUCAUGUCGACGGACCUGGCUGCCCUCUCGCGCAACUGCCAGCUCCUGAAGGCUAGUAUAUUCGAGACGUAUCGGCUGGUGAAUGAGCCAACGUCGAUUCGGUAUGUUGCCAAGCCCACGACUCUCAACGAUGGCGGAAUCAAGCACAAGCUUCCAUCUGGCAUGUUUAUAUCCGCGCCGCUUUCGCUCAUCAACCGCGACCCGUUGGUAUUCGCGGACCCAGAACGUUUUGUCCCGGAGCGCUUUCUCGAAGUGGAUUCAGAGUCUGGUAAAUCUGUGGCGCGCUAUGGCAGACUCCAGCCCUGGGGCACUGGGCCAAGUAUGUGCAAGGGGCGCACGUUUGCGGAAAGGGAGAUUUUGUCUUUGGGUGCAGUUAUUAUUAGUAUUUGGGAUAUCUCUCCUGCAAGCGGAGUGUGGGAGUUGCCGGCUAUGAUACCUGGGACUGGGGUGAAGAAGCCAAAAAGGGAUGUGCGUGUGUUGAUUUCGAGGAGAACUGUGUGA